UCAAGCUUCACAGUCUGCGCAGGCGCAGUACCGGCCGCGCGGAAGCAGAAGACAUUGACCUUGAAAACUACAUUUCCCAGAAUUCUUAGCGGUCGCGUUAAAGGCGCAGGGAGGUGUCCAGUACAAAGUCCGUCUAGUGCUGCGGGAAGCAUGUCUACAAUGUCCGAGCUGCCGACCACAGACCAGCCUCCUGAGGAUGUUGAGAGUGAUGACUGCCUCCUGUCCUACAACUACCUCUACAGCCCCACUUUGCUUCAGGGCAGAGUGGCCUUUAUCACCGGAGGUGGCUCUGGAAUUGGAUUCCGCAUUGCUGAAGUAUUCAUGAGGCACGGAUGCGAUACCGUCAUUGUCAGCAGGAACCUACAGAGGGUGACUGAGGCAGCGGAGAAGUUACGGGCAGCGACCGGUCGGCACUGUCUUCCUCUGACUGCAGACGUGAGGCAGCCCCAGACUCUCUCCGAUGCGGUGGAGGAAGCUCUGAAGACCUUCUCCAGGAUAGAUAUCCUUGUGAACAACGCUGCUGGGAAUUUCCUCUGCCCUGCCAGCAACUUAUCUUUUAACGCCUUUAAGAACGUCUUGGAUAUAGACACAAUGGGCACAUUCAAUGCUAGCAAGAUCCUGUAUGAGCGUUACUUUCGGGAUCACGGCGGGGUCAUUUUAAACAUCACGGCGACGCUGAGCUACAAGGGAAGCGUUCUGCAGGUGCAUGCGGGCAGCGCCAAGGCAGCCAUAGAUGCUAUGACAAGGCACCUGGCAGUGGAGUGGGGUCCAAGCAAAGUGCGGGUGAACGGCUUGGCCCCUGGGCCCAUAGCUGGCACAGAAGGCAUGCGUAAACUAGGUGGAGCUGCUGCCGAAGCAAUGGGAGUGUGGAAUACCAUCCCCUUACUGCGGCCAGGAAACAAGACCGAGGUGGCACACGGAGCCCUCUUCCUGGCCAGCCCCCUGGCAUCCUACGUGACCGGCACAACCUUGGUUAUGGACGGCGGUUCCUGGAUGACCUCUCCGAAUCACAUGGCAACAGUGCUGGGUACCCCUCCUUCUGCUCACCUAUAGAUAUCUGGAAAAGCAAUUGAAAUGACUGCAACCACUGAUCGAGCCGGACCUGAUCAACACUAAUUCAACACCCCCUCCCCCCCCCCCCUCUCCUCACCUCCAACUGGUGCAGAACGGAUCGUACUAGAGAGCGCAGUGGCCAUAUUGCUAUGGCAGUAUGUGCAGACACAGAAUGGUUAAUAAAAAGCCCCUCUGGAGUCUCCUCGCAGGGGGUCUCGUAUUGUGUCUGGUUAGAAGGCAUUCUGCGAAUGUAUGUCACGUGAUCCUGUAUUUCGGUUUGGGGAUAAAAUCUGAUAUUGUACAGAAUAUGGACAAUUGUGAACAAAUAAAACUGUAAAUUGGU